UAAAACAAAAAAAAAAGUUUUGACCUUUUUAGCGGUUGAUUUCUUAAUUUUUUUCUCCUCGAAUUGAACCCUAAUUUUGAGAUUUGGUGGUCAGGGUUGGAGAAGAUUGUUGAUGUUUUGGUUUGAUUCCAUUACUCAACCAUAUGAUUUCACAUAUCCAACGACAACAAUUCAUCGAUCCUUGAUAACCAAAACAAAAAAGGAUCUUCAUUUCAGAUCAAACUUUUUUUUAGAGAAGAUUUGAAAUCUUUGACAAGCCCCCCUGUGAUGUGAUGGAGCAAUUCAGGCAAAUCGGAGAGGUUCUAGGAAGCUUAAACGCGCUUAUGGUAUUACAAGACGAUAUCUUAAUCAACCAGAGACAAUGCUGUUUGUUGUUAGAUAUAUUCAGUUUGGGUUUCAACACCGUUGCUGAAGAGAUCAGACACAACUUGAAGCUUGAAGAGAAGCAUACUAAAUGGAGAGCCCUUGAACCGCCUUUGAGAGAGCUCUAUCGAGUCUUUAAAGAAGGCGAAAUGUAUGUUCGUAACUGUAUGUCCAAUAAAGAUUGGUGGGGCAAAGUUAUCAACUUUCAUCAGAACAAAGAUUGUCUUGAGUUUCAUAUACACAACUUGCUAUCUUACUUUCCGGCUGUGAUCGAAGCUAUCGAGAUUGCUGGUGAGAUCUCGGGUCUUGACCCUGCUGAGAUGGAGAGGAGGAGAGUUGUGUUUUUAAGAAAGUAUGAUAAAGAGUGGAAUGAUCCAAAGCUUUUCCAGUGGAGGUUUGGGAAACAGUAUUUGGUUCCGAGGGAUCUUUGCAGCCGUUUUGAGCAUUCUUGGAGAGAAGAUAGGUGGAAUCUGGUGGAAGCAUUGCAAGAGAAGAGGAAGUCGGAANCUUUGACAAGCCCCCCUGUGAUGUGA